CGCCGCAUCCUGAGACGUUUGAAAGGGCUCUAAAGGCUCAGUGUUAGUUUCAAUCAUCCGGAAAGUUUUGGGCGGCACGGCGCUUUUGAACAAGCAAACUUAGUAAGCAAUAAAAAAAUGAUACAAAGAAAACUUUAAGGGGAAUCGGCAAGUGGGGAUAGGUUUGCCGCUUCCGUUGUGAAGGUCGCCAAUAGCGUGCUAACACAUAUUCAGGUGUCAUUUACGCCGCUAUUUCAACGGCGAGAUAAUCUGAAAUACCCGGCUAUCUACGAUGGUGUUUGUUAAUAAGUGAGAAAAAGAUAAGUGAUUAAGUGACAAAGUGGACAAACUUGGAUGCUGGGAAAACACAUUUGUUUUUACUAAAUUUAUUGUUCCGCGUCAAGUUACUCCCGUUCUGAACCCAUCCGCUGAUAAGUUCGUAAUCGUCAUGAUUUAUAAAUAGGCUGAGGUGCUACGAAAGGUCGCUCAUGUAGACGCGUACUUGUCACACUGGUCGAUAACUAUGGUGAGACAUGAGCAUAUUCUGCUUCGUUCUACUGCAAUAGUAAGCACGAAAACCAGUUCGAUUAGGCACCCCGUAGAAAGGCAAACCUACAGUGAAUCAUAUUCAAGCAGCAAACAGCUGGAAAACAUAAGAACGGCGAGCACUGAUGUGUUCAAAUACGUGCUACGCUAGCACGCUCAUAAUACCUGUUAGUUUUUUGUUCGAGUUGAGCCGAUUAACAGGAAGUGAGCAAAGCUAGCGGUUACAGACAUCUAUUGUAUACCGAGCAGUUUACCAUAGCCCGGCGGAGUCCACUCUUGUGAGGAUUUUUGCAUUGUGCUUCCUACUAUCUAACUUGUGCUAACUAUAAUCCCAUGUGAUCGUCAUGUUGAGGUCGUGGAGCUUAGCUAGUGAGGCACCAUCCAGCAGAUAACCAUAUGGACAGUCGCACAUUCUACUUGUUGCAAUCUGCUCUGCUUUGUUCUGUCCUCGACACGGCCUCACCAGUCUUCGCCGAAAGCCUGAUCCGGUUGUAGGUACCACGUCAACUUGCCUCUCUACGCAAUCGCCGAUACCGACCGUAAACCGGCUGUAUGCACCUGCCAAAAGUAGCUACUUGGAAUAACAGUUUUGCACGUGUGACCAGAUUGUCAUCGAGAAGAAAUUCCCUGGGUGAGCGCGGUGGCGGUGAUAGUAGCUACCUGACAAAGGGCAAAAUUUUCACGUGGUCACAACUCCGACGCGAACAGGCAUCGUCAAAGAACAGAAAGAAAAAGACGGGCAAAACGAAACAGAAAGGGAGUCAGAGAAGGGCAAAGAUGUAGGAGCGGGCAAUGAAAAACAAAAGGCUGAUAUCCAUAAGAGCAAGCUGGCUUCCUCAGAUCCCCCUCGGAGGGGUCGUGAUCAGGCUGUGGCGGUACCCGAGAGCGUGUAGCAUCCAUCUGUUGCAAUAAUGUGGGUUUAACUAAACCCAAUCCGUGACAAUCCUUCACUUGAGGAACAAGCAUAACAAGAAAGGUCCUUGCUCUGCACCAAGAUUGCCAGGGCAUUUGUCGUUAUCGUCACUGCACUCGUAAGGCGGAUGUAGAUGCGCAUUCAAUAUAUCAUCGUGACGACUUUCUACGAUGUGACCUGACGCCUAGGCAACAUGGGCCCGCGUAAAAACGUGUCACCGAAUUGGACGCUGAAUUACCGCACCGCAAUUACUGAUCCACUGCCAUUGACCUGUGAUUAUGUAGAUUGCAGUGAUCCAAUCAUUGGUCAACUGCGACUGCAAUGGCUCGACCGGUAUCGAAAAUAUGGCAAUAUACUACCGGCGUUUCUGCGUCUAAAAUCCUGCCUGUUGUUCCUUCACCCCUGUACUCUUUCAGCAUUAGUUCUACUAAUGGCCGCGGCGACUAUUUCAGUAUUGGGAUUAGAAACUCAGCCGACGCCCCUACAUGAAAUUAACACAUCUCUACCACUAACACAAGCUCCAUCGUCAGUGUUUGCAUUGGGUAUCCCACAAGAGUCCGGCCACUGCCCCAGGCUCUGCGAAUGCAUAUGGAAGAUGGGCAAAAAAACGGUUCUGUGUGUCGGCGCCCAACUCACCGAAGUUCCUCAGAAACUCCACAAAGAUACCCAAGUUCUAGAUCUUUCCGGAAAUAUUCUUCAGACAUUUGAGUCGCGGGAGUUCCAACGCCUUGGCUAUACAAACUUGCAGCGGCUUUUUGCUUCACGCUGCGGUUUGGUCCAUCUGGCAGACGAAUCGCUUCAGUUGCUGCAUAAUCUCGUCAACCUAGAUCUCAGCGCGAAUUUCCUCACCAGGGUGCCAACGCGAGCUUUGUCGGACUGCUUGGCCUUGCGGAAAUUAUCACUCAACAACAAUCCCAUCGAAGUUUUACAUGACGAUGCGUUUUUGGGUUUAGGCCGUCUAGGUACGCUCGUGCUAACCAGUUGCCAACUGAAAACGAUCGAUCCGCAUGCGUUCCGAGGCCUUCGUCUUCUUGAAUUCCUAAGGUUAUCGCACAACUUUCUAACCAAAGUACCUCCUGAAGCAUUCGCUCAGCAUCUUUCAACUCAGCAUCUACACGGAGUUGACCUUGAGGAAAAUCCCUGGAUGUGCGACUGCAAGAUGCGGCAAGUUCGACAAUGGAUGUCAAAUAACAAUAUUCCAUUACCACUGCCACCGAAGUGCGCGCAGCCUUCGAGGUUACAAGGUAUUUCGUGGCAAGCUCUAGACUUUGACGAUUUCGCGUGCCCACCCGAGUUAGCAGCGAUGGACGCCUCGGUUACCGCCUCGGAAGGUGAUAAUGCAACUCUCCGUUGCGAGAUUGACUCUCAGUCGCCGGCUGACAUCCGGUGGUCGAUCAGGGGCCGGCAAAUACGAAACAUGACAAUGAUGUCGUUCGGCAACCAAAUGUACGUUGUCCAGGAGAAGUAUAUUUCCGCUGUUGGAUUCAACUUCAAAUCCAGUGUCCUCACGAUUGUCAACGUAAUGCCAAAGGACGGCGGUCCCUACAGUUGUGAGGCGAUUAAUCGUGCCGGCAACGUAUCGGCUUCUAUGACGCUCAUCGUUCAUCCACGUGCCGAAGCGUCCGUUGUUCUCAUAGCUUCAGUUGAAAUAGGCGGAGUCGUUAUUGGAGUCUUGUUGACCAUCGUUGUUCUCGUAGGUUCCGUCUGCCUGGUCAUGCAGCAAUAUUCGCAGUACUGUGAAGAACGCGAUGCUCUUGAGGCGGCCAUUCCGGGAAAAAAGCAAAAUGGCAUGACCACCCUUCCUGACACGGGGACGGAUCGCGCAGGCCAGCGUUUUGCUGCUGAAACAAACGAUGCGUUUUACAAAUCUUCUAAUCGAGCCCAAUCGCCUCCAUCAUCGAACAUGAAGGAAAAGCCAUGCUACGAGACGAUUGUCACUGUCCAAAAGAACAACACCAUUGACUGGACGACAAUCCCGACGUCUGUCCUUACGGAACCCACAAUCAAAACUGGCAUAGGUACUGUAGCGUCGAUCGUUCUAUCGUCGGCAGGAUGUCAACAAUCUCCUGAAGUUAGCACAGAAAGCGUUCCUCCAACGAUACGAUCAGGCGCGGCGUCGUCACUCGCUCCUGCUCGAUUAUGUUACCAUACGAAUGUCGAAACUCCGAUUAACCCAGAAGAUGGAGGACAUAAUCGCAGUACCGACGGUAAUUGUAGUACUAGCUAUAGCAGUUUGAUUAGCCAUAGCAAUUAUGCGACUUGUAAAACUGCAACGUCGUUGACAGGAGUCACUUCACAUGUAGGGACGCCGUUGACGUCUACCGAGCUGUUGACCACAAUAGGGUCAUCGAUUUGCAGUGCUAGCCAUUAUAGCCAUCAUCAUAUCGAUAUGCUCCUUCCAAAUCCGGAAAAUUUUUCCCACAGUACGCCUGUUCACUAUCAUGAUAAAGACGGGACUAUUCACAUAUAUCAAAGCGGCCUAGAAGGUAAUAGGCAGUUAACAGGUAAUGUGGUUUUAACUAAUCUUCUGCACCAGUCCGCCUUAGCAUAUGUAGCUGCAUCGUCUUCGGAAGAACCCAUCGAAGAUGGCGCCGGCGGCGAAAAGAAGACGUUUGAUCGCACGACCACUGCUAGCAGACUCGUGAAGGCCAUAGUUAGUGAACUCGAAGAGCGGAUCGCUGACCGUAUCACUGAACACCUUCGAAAAACUGCCGUCGCCACCAAUGAAAACCUCAACGAAAGCAGCGCAGUUCCGUUGCCAGCAGCAAAGGCAUGUCAUAGCAAUAUAAGUAGCUCUACUACCCAUAAUUGUGACAAUAGCAGUGGAACAGCUAUUGAUGUAGCCUAUUUGGGCCAAUCGCGGACCUAUCACGCGGCACGGGGAGAAACACAGCCGCAUGCGUUCUCAUUGGUGCCAGCGGUCGGAAACAGUCUUGAGCGUUACCGGGUUGGUUCAUCAACGGGAAAAAGCUCAAUAACGGCAUGCAACGUGUCGACUAGUUUGGUUCAGGGGUCAGUACCUCCGAGAUCAGUGGCUGAAAGGGCAAUCGAAAUCGCUGGGCCACGUCGUGGAAACGUCAACUUCGAAGCUCUGUUAAGACAAAGAGCAUCGAGAGACAGUCCCGACGAAGGCCUCGGUGACGAGGUGCGCGAAGAUGAUAGCCACCGAAACAAGGACAUGCAUGGAGCCCCUUACUGCUGAGCCAAUUUUCAAUGCGUAGUUUGUAUCGCUUCCUGUGUGAGAAGCUAUAAAAUAGACACAAGAGGCUAGAGAAACGUUCGUCAUAGGAAUGGGACGGUAACAUCAUAUAAUCGCCCUUACGCGUACGAUCUGACGUUUAUCAGUACUAUUUUCAAUUGAUUUUUCCAUCAACACUAGCAGUAAGCGAUACGAGUCAGAACUUUCGCCCGAUCAUCAUCUUAUGAAAGUCAAAUUUACUCGAGAACUGUGCGCGUGCGAGUUGGUACGUGAAACGAUCAGUCACACGACUAUAUUUAUUGGUCAUAUAUUAAUCAAUGUCUGAUCAAGGACCUCACUACCUUUUACCUUAGUAGCAGUUUAAACUCUUUACAUGGACUCAAUUUACAGAACGAUCAAAAAUGACUACUUUCAUAAAUAUAAAAUAUGCACCUCAAAUAUAGAUUUGCAUUUAGUUACUACCAUAAACAUAACAGUUCCCGACCAUUAUCUGCUCGACGAUCUUCAAUGUUUCGAAUAGUUCUAUUGCUUUUAUUACUACCCAACGCUUGGUUCGUAAACAUCCCCAAACGAACAUUUAGAAUAAUAAUGCGUAGACAUAAUUCAAUCAGAGCUACCUAUUCGUACUGAAGAAGUUAUCCAACCUUAGGGCCUUGACCUCCCACGGCGCCACGCAUCACUAGAAUACCUCUGUUUCUCUUUUGAUAAACUGAUGAUGCUUGCACGGCCUACUGGCCGGGAAGUGGGGUCUCUCUGGUUGUCGACAGAAUCAUAGCGGUUGAAAAUAUAUCGUCAUUCGGCUAACGCGAGUGCGUUGACCGCCACGCGACACCUUGAUCGAAACACAUGUAACGUCCUCAAAUAAUUUUCAGGUAAAUUAACAUUAUCAUUACAUAAAUACACCAAGCAAAGCGUCUGUGAUCUGUAUGUUGGAUAUGUGUAGGGCAUAGGUAAAAUUUGCCUUGUUCGAGCAACACUUACGUGUCGGAUCACGGACAUCCGAUGAUUCAGAAGGCAAGGGGUGGCAUAAUGACUCAUCAGUCACCGAUGCGACUCGACGGGUCAUAGACCGAAAGUAAUAGUGGGAGCGGUUUGCUUGAAUGAAAAAGAGGAAAAACAGAAAGGAUCGAUGUGUGGUACGCCGUGGUAACGUGUAAUGGUUAGCGUUAAACGUCAAAGAACAAGAGUUUACUGACAAAGUUUAUAAAAUGAUAUGAAACUGAUCAGAAACGGACUAAAAACGUGAAGGACUACUGCAGUAGUCAGUAGCUGUUGGUGUCAUUCAUUUUUAAAGUUAAACGAAUACGAUAGCAGCUACGCAAAGGUCCUGUUAUCUAAACCUCUUGAGUACGCACCCCUUGAGUACGCUAUAUACACUUUAGCUUAGGCCAUAGGAUAGCGUAUGGCUGUCAAGUUGCACUAAGGCAUUUCUUGUAUACCAUUAUCAUUAUAUGUAUGUUACCCGAUUAGUUUCCUUAUUUUACAACUGGACAUUAUCCACGAGCAUACAUCACAAACAAGCCUAUUACCGGUUCUAAUUAAGGCCGACAGCGUACAACUAGAAAGGAUAUGAUCACUCGAAAUCAUUGACAUUAGUACAGAGGCAAAGAACUUCAGGCAACAAGCUAACAUGCUGAAUGGACUGAAACAAUAAGGGCAAGCCCGAAAGAAAAUAUCGCUAUUUUAUUAGUUUUACAGUUCGUAGAAAUCGACAUCACUACAGUUAUUUUACGUAUCGAACCCAUUGUAUCUUUUUUUUCCUAUUAAUCUAGACGAUACCCCCUCAUACACCCCUAAUGAGGACACUUUAGGCCGUCGUCGUACGCUGGAUCUGCGGGGGUCUUGUAACCUCCGCUGAAUUUUCUCUGUGUAAACACGCGGUACCAAGAGUCCGGCUGCUGGGGCGAUCAUGUUAACCCAAUAACCCAACAUAUUUUCUAUGUGUACAUAAUAAUCAAUGUAAUGCAAUGUAAUUAACUGGGAAGAGAAUACACACGAACUACGAACGUGUGAACACACACAGGUCAGCAAUGCUAUAACUACUGAUAGUAGUAGAGACGUAUCAAGUCGUUGUCCUAUUCGAAGUUAGCUCUGUUUUUUUCAUCAAGUUAGGGCCAUUUGUGCUAAGGCGUAAAACAGAACAAAGUCCAAUGUAGUAAUUUAACCGUUCGAGAAAAGACAAUUCGACUUCCUGCUCUCUAUACUUAGACACUGAUCUUUUCAAAUCGUGCACGUGCAUUGCAAAAAGGAAAUUCUGAUGACGUUUUUGCUAUUAUUACAACUACAAAUUUUUGAGGCAUCUAUGAGGUAUAUAGAAGCAAUUGGUUGUUAUACAUGAUAUGUGCAUGUGUGCAGAUGAUGGUGUUGAUAAAGAUAUGGGACUCGAUAAUAAAAAGGAAAACUUGAAGCCCCAAAACUUGAGUACUUCUGUCCGUAUUGGGUAUUCAUUUCUGCCGAAACUUUUGCCGACCCAAUCAGUGUUUCACUCAUUUGAUUAUAAAAGAAAAAUCAUCUCUUAGAUACAAGCCGCUGCACGCUUGCCCCGUAAGCUGAAGACGUACCUUCAAGGCGCGAAAGCAUAUCCAUAUAGAAUUGGCUAAUUUGAUACUCAUUUACGUUCAGAUGUGUCUAGUAGAUUCCAGACUGCAAACGGUUUGUAUAUACGUAGGGUAAGACAAAAACAGGCCUAUAGUGGAAAAACACUUGACCAAACAUGGGUCUACAAGUGUGAAAAAAAAAACAGGUCUAGCUCGAACUCUCUACCUUCUGCCCCAAAAGAAAAUCUACUUUCCACAGCUUUUGUUACUGUAUGCCUAAUUUUGUCCGAUCCUAUGCAUAUAUUAUGGAUGUCGACAAAGUAGCCUACGUUAGUACGGGCACCUCUAGUAUGUGUAAGUAGGUCCCACUAUGAAAGAGAAGAACACGAUGUUUAAUAAAUGCAAAGGAACAGGACAUUGCUUUGGAAU